AUGGGGAGCUGGGCAGCCGAGGGGCAAAGGCUGGGCCCACGCCUCCCCACCUGGCCUUACCUGGCCUGGCCCGCUAGCUGGGGAGGGCAGCCGAGGGGCAAAGGCUGGGCCCCGGCCUCCCCACCUGGCCUUACUGGCCUGGCUGCCUUAGCUGGGGAGCUGGCAGCGAGGGCAAGGCUGGGCCCGCCUCCCCACCUGCUUACCUGGCUGGCUGGCCUUAGCAUGGGGAGCUGGGGCCGGAGGGGCAAAGGCUGGGCCCCGCCUCCCACGGCCUUACCUGGCCUGGCUGGCCUUAGCUGGGGAGCGGGCAGCCGAGGGGCAAAGGCUGGGCCCCGGCCUCCCCACCUGGCCUUACCUGGCCUGGCUGGCCUUGCUGGGGAGCUGGGCCGCGAGGGGCAAAGGUGGGCCCCGCCUCCCCACCUGGCCUUACCUGGCCUGGCUGGCCUUAGCAUGGGGGAGGGGCAGGAGGGGCAAAGGCUGGGCCCCGGCUCCCACCUGGCUUACCUGGCCUGGCUGGCCUUAGCGGGGGCCGGGCAGCCGAGGGGCAAAGGCUGGGGCCCGGCCUCCCCACCUGGCCUUACCUGGCCUGGCUGCUUAGCUUGGAGCUGGGCAGCCGAGGGGCAAAGGCUGGGCCCCGGCCUCCCCACCUGGCCUUACCUGGCUGGCGCCUUAGCUGGGGAGCUGGGCAGCGAGGGGCAAAGGCUGGGCCCCGGCCUCCCCACCUGGCCUUACCUGGCCUGGCUGGCCUUGCAUGGGAGCUGGGCAGCGCGGGGCAAAGGCUGGGCCCCGGCUCCCCACCUGGCCUUACCUGGCCUGGCUGGCUUAGCCUGGGGAGCUGGGAGCCGAGGGACUGCGCCCCGCCCACCUACCCGCGCUCUGGAGGGCCGCCGCGAUCUCCCGCUCGAGCUCCUCCAGGAUCCGCAGUCGCUCGUUGGCCAAGCCCAGGCCGAACGCGCCCGGCCCGGCCCCGGAGCCCCCCCGACGCAGCCCCCGCCACCCCUCCGCCCGCCGCCAUGCCGAGACCCUGCCGGCCACCAUGAGAGGCUGCGGGAGCGGAGCGAGGCCCAGGAGGCGCGGCUGGCGGAGGGAGCCCUUCCGGCGGGAGAGCGGGGCCCCGAGGGUCUGGACGCCCUGCGGAUCCGGAUCCAGCUCCAGGCAGAAGUGUCCGAACUCCGGCAGGAGAGAGAGGAGCUGCGCCAAGAGGUGGCCCUCCUGACGGAGGUCCUGAGGCAGAGGGAGGCCGAGGACCGGGAGCAGCGCGCCAGGAUGGGUCGCCUGGCGCAGGAGGCAGCCUCCCUGGCCCAGCAGUAUGAGGAGGCGCAGGGCAAGGCCUGGGAGCUCUCCCGGGAGGCCGAGGGGCUGCGGAUGGAGCUGGAGGGGGCCCGGGGGCUGCUGCAAGAGGCCCGGAGGGAGCGCCUAGACCUGGAGGCCCACUGGCUGGAGGAGAAGGCCCAAGAGGCACAGAGGCUGAACCGGGCCAACGAACAGCAGCAGAAGUACCAGCGGAAGGUGGCUCGCCUCCAGGAGAAGCUGGAGCGGAUGAGAGAAGCUGCCGGCUUGAGUCCCAGGUUGGGAGCAGAAACAGCCCUGAAGGAGAGGCACUUCAGCAUGCCAUGUGAAGAGGCGCAAAGGGAAGAAGAGACAGUGUCCUCCCCCAAACACAGGUAUGGGGUCCCUACUCUCUCAGCCAUCAAGGAGGACCCCACCCCCAUGAAUUCUCCCCUCUUCUCCCUGUAAGUGUGCCAAGGUGGCAUCCACUUUCACCUAGGAGGUCCUGGUUUGGCACCAAUUGCUUUGCAAAAUGAAGCAGCCUUGCAGAGAUCUUCACGAACAGAGCAGCCUUUUCAUUUCCCAAAGAGGAGAAAGGGACAUUUGCUGCUACUUGGCUCUUGCAUUGCAUCAAUAAAACGAAAACCAGAGC